AUUGCUGUACAGUUGUUAGGCCAUACAGAAGAUGCGUUGUCUGAGACGGUAAACAAUUAUUACAUAGUUGCUGCUCAUGUGGUGCCCGAUGAAUCCGAAAUGGGUGGCACGUUUCAGGCCAGAGAAGAGAAGUUUCAAGCACUUGCGUACGCUGGUCACUUACCUGGUUACGCAAGCGGCCACAAUCAAUACGGACUGGUGUACUCGAUCAACACGAUAUUUGUCAGUGAACCACUGAAGGGCAAAAUCCCCCGAGAGUUUAUCACGAGAGCGCUGCUGGCCACGCGGGCUGACGUGAACGAUAUCUUAAACGUGUUAAUCAACAAAGGCGCAGGCACGGCUGAUGGAUUCAACAUGAACUUUGGUUUUCUGCAUGAACACAAAGAAUCGCGUGUUUUUCACACGGUCGAAGUCACCCCGAAAAUCGAUUCUGACAGUUCGGAAAUUUACUACUCAACCUUCGGUUUGGGAAAAAACUCGUUACAUACGAACAGGUGUGUGCGCGUGCCCUUUACCACUGUAUAG